AUGGGGAAAGCCAAAGUCAUCGGACCUAACGGUCUUGUUCCAAUUAGUCUCCAGAGACAGGCAGACAUUCGCAUCACGACCGAGGUGAUCUACGACGUGAUCACCAAUAGCAACAUGAUUAGCCUGGAGGAGAGCGCUCAUGCUCCUGUCACUGUUCGCAACAAGGCUCGUGCUGAUCGUCUCGCCGGUGUGCAGACAGUGUCUGCUCGCCUUAACGGCCGUCGCUUCACCCAGGUGGAUGUCAACGAGCCGCGUAAGCUAUAUGACGCCUCCGAGGACAUCGAGAAGACAAUGAAGCUUGCAAAUGACAAGCAAGCUGCUGCUUCUAGUGCCACAGCCUCGCAUGCCUCCCCCCCUCCAAAGAAUUCUGGCAUUGAUCCGCGCGCCAAGCCGUUUGUUCCUGCUGGACCCAAGGAUGAAGUGGCUCAUACGCCUCUGAAGAGUGCCCCCCGCAAGGCAACUCCUGUCGAAAGCAAGGACGCCGACAACGACUCCACCGCCGGUUCCAAGACGUCCCAGAAGGCCGAGUCCACCGGGGAUGGGGAGUCUGCUGCCUGUCCCAAGAGGCCCAGAGGUGUUACUGCACCUGCCGAUUUCAUGAAGCAGGUCCGUUUGCUCCACUUGCAGAAGCAGAUCGCACCCAAGAUUGUCCCGACUGGUCCUCCUCGUCGGAUUGUCUUCGGAGAUCUUCCUGAGUGGGCGGACAUACCCAACGUCCUGCAGCUUGUCUACGGCGGUGCUAUAGAACGUGCUUGGAGCGAGAAUGGCGGAGUCAUCGUGCAGUUCGUCGAUCAAGACGACUGCGUCAAGUACUACGAGAACCACUCGGACGGUAUCAAGUUGAAGGAUGGCGAUGACGACGUCACCAUCUCUGUUGCUAUGCCCGAGGAGGGUCUGCACGAUAACGCCGAGCUGUGGAAGCGUGUCGAAGGGGGUGCUUCCCGCGUCGUUUGUCUCUCUGGUCUUCCAGCUAGCUUCAAGACUACCGACAAUGAAAACGUCUUGGGUAUUGCCGCUGACCCUGUCUGGGGUACGAAGAGCUUCGAGCGCAUUCUGAUCAAGCAGGCCGAGUCUGGUGUUGAUGUCUACAUCUCCUUCUACGACCUCCAUGACGGUUGGGACUUCUUGCAAAGCAUCAAGGAGGGAGCGUACGACUGCAUUGCUGCCUUUGAAGUUGACCCAUGCGCUCUUGCUCAGGGAUUCCAUUUCAUGGAUGAGCCCAACCUGAUGUUCUCUGGAAUUCUCGCCGUGGACUAG